AUGACUUUAUUUACGGGUAUAAACAUUCUAAACAUUGCCAUUCUCCUUAUAGUAUCUUAUACUUCAUAUUAUUAUUAUAAAUAUUUUACCCGAGAGAAUCCUUUGCCAGGUCCGCUUCCCCUACCGCUUAUUGGAAAUCUUUUUACUAUUCUUCGUGAUGUUUCUAUCUGGCCUUCUGAGUUACAAUCCAAAUACGGUGAUAUUUUCGAGGUUUAUGCAGGCCCUUCGCGUAAAGUCUGGUUAUGUAAUGAAGAAUUAGCAGAAAAAUUUCUUAUUCCUGUUAUUCGUAGUAACUUUCAUAAUCGAAUCAAUAAAAAUUCUGAUCUUCGAGAAAUUGGAAUAGUUAAUACGGGAUUAGCAUAUAAUAUAGAUUAUGAAAGUUGGGCAUUCAUUCGAAAAUUUUACUCAAAGUCUAUUUUUUCACCGCCUUUCUUAAAACAAGCAUUAAUUAGUACACAAAAUUCAUUCCAAAAAAUGGAAAACUAUUGGCGAACUCUCGGUGAAGAUGCCGUGCAGGAUUUUACUCAAUGGGCGCAAAAUUACGUUAUAGAUACAGUUGAUAUUGUUACCACAAGUAAAUCUUCUAAUGCAUUGGCUUGUUAUUAUAAAAAAAUAUCGUCUGACAACACAGAAGUUUCUGAUAGAAUAUUAAAAGAAAGUGAACACCUUUCGAAAUGUACUCGUGGAUACGCAACUUCUAUACUAUGGUAUCGUAGUGUCCCAAAAAUUUUCAGAAAUUUCCCCGGAAUUCACUUAUUUACAAAGAAAUUAAAGGAACAAGUUAACUGGUUAAGAACCAAUGCUAUCAAUAUUGUUAAAAAUCGAAGAGAAGAGAUCGAAAGAACACCUGAAGACAUAUCGUUGACUCGAGAUCUUUUGACAAUGUUUUUAACUAUCAAUACAACUCGAGAUAUCACAAAGGGCAUUGCGGAUGAUAUAAAUGACCGACCAUUGUCUGAUGAGGAGAUUGCUCCAGUUUUUAUGGAAAUUUCUUUGGCUUCAUUUUUUUCGACUUCAGAAGUAAUGGGUCAUAUAUUUCAUAUGAUAUCUAAACAUCCUAAGGUGAAGAAACAAUUAGUAAAAGAAUUUAAUGACGUCUUUGGUGAAGAUCCGGAUUCGCAAAUAACUUACGAAGGUAUAAAUAAACUAGAUUACUGCGAUGCUGUUCUAAAAGAAGCUUUAAGAACAUCGCCUUUUUUGCCAUUUCUUGCCAAGACAAAUGAAAAACCCGAUCAAAUUAAUGGAUAUGAGUUUCCAGAAAAUACUGAUUUCUAUUUAAAUAUCCAAGCAUUUCAUAAAAAUAAAUCUAAAUGGAAAGAUCCAGAAUUAUUCAACCCUGAUAGAUUUAUGGACAAAUCCCAUCCAGAUUAUAAAAAUCAACUUUAUAUAUUUGGGUCUGGGGUCCGGGAAGAAAUUUGGCUAAACUUAUAUUAA